AGCAGUGCUCUGUGUGACUAGUUAGUGUCAUAGUGGUUGACACAUUCAGUAGCUGAAGUCAAUUUUGGUGUGCUCAGUCCUGCUAGUUGACAAACACUGUCGGUAUCAUCCACAGGGACCAUAACGCAUUAAGCAGGAAAAAUGAAGCCAGAACCAUUUCUUUCCAGUUCUGCUUCAGCUUUGUUGAAAAAACUUGAGCCUUACAACCCUGAUAAACCAAAGAUCCUAAGAAGUCCUGCCAAAAAAAGAAUUUCAGCUCCUGUUCGAAAGCUGAUCACUUCACUCGUCCUCAUUGGUUGCAUUGGUAAGCUCCAAGACAAGAACACAGAAUAUUACGAUCAAGUUGAACUGCCAGAGGAUCUUCUCAACAAUGUCAAGGACAUUGUUUAUGAAUUCAACGAUUUGUCAGAUGAGAUUGGAACAGAACGUUUAGUGAAGAAGUUGCAGCAGUGGGAAUAUUUUUCCAACUCCACAUAUCAUGUGCUCUCUGAAUUCGAGUGGAGGGCAAAGGAGAUCAAGAAGGGUCGAGGAACGUACAUCAAAACAGAAGAGGCGAGAUUCUUUGCAGGACUUAAAUUCCAUUAUGUCGAUCUCCCUUCUUGUAUAAGACCUUGUUUCGUCUAUUGCUCCAUAUAUCCCAAGGGUCAGAACAUGGUGCGGGAAACACUCAUAAAUCUGUGGAUGGCUGAGGGGUUUUUGUGGUCCCCUUCAUCAUCUCAUAUAGAAGAUCUAGAAGAUAUUGGCAACCGCUACUUCAAUGAGCUCCUCUGGAGAGGCUUAUUCGAGGAGCCAACUUUUGCGUUUGGUAGUAAGCAUGAGGAGAAAGAAGAGGAUCAAGUUAUCUAUGAUUGCAAAGUGCCUAACAAUAUGCAUUUUUUUGUGAGUAAAAUUGGAGGAGCAGAGGUAUUUAAUGUGUUUGGCGAGCAGAAAUGUAGCUCCCAGCUUGAAGGUCUAGAAUCAAGUAGGAGGUUUGCGUUAAACAAGGAUUCUCUGAUUGAAGAAGGCUUUCUGAAGAAGCAUUGGAAUGAUCGUCGGGUGAGAACAUGCAUGCUGUUUGGCUUGAAGCGUCAAGUUGGGGACUCCUUCCUCGAGGAGAUUACUUGGAGGUUUGAUAAGAUACUCGUCUUAGAUUUAUCAGGAACAGAGUUCAAGGAGCUGCCACGAUCUACUAGAAGGCUCAAGCAGCUUCGAUAUCUGAGCUUAUCGAGAAAUGGCAUCAUUGAAGCUCUUUCGUUUAGAUUGUAUGAGUUGAAGUAUCUUCAAACACUAGUUCUUGAUGGAUGCCAUCGGCUGCAAGAGUUGCCUAGACACACAAGUGAUUUAAUAAGAUUGAGGAACUUGUAUUUGACCUCAAAAGAUACUAUUCUUUCAGAGGUCAUCCUCUCUGGGUGGACUUCUCUUAGAAUCCUUGAGCUUUCUCAUUGCAAGCGAUUAACAGCCUUAUCAUCUGAGGGUGUCAAAAACCUGCUCAACUUGAGAAAGUUGCGCAUCUAUGAUUGUCCAAGGUUAGUUUCUCUACCUGACAAUAUGAAGUUCUUGACUCGCAUAGAGGAGCUAGUUCUUCAUAAUUGUCCUCAAUUAGAUCUAACUGAGAGUGAAGCCAUGGACAAAUUACUGAACCUUCGGUCUUUGGAGAUCAUAGGCCUCGCAAAGUUGGUUGAGCUGCCUGUGGGGCUUCAGUCUGCCAUUAAUCUUCGACACUUCUUCAUUGCGAAUUGCAGAAACUUGAGGGAUUUUGCAGGAGUGCUUUCUUAUCAAACAUCUCUCCGAAGGCUCUGCAUUUAUGAUUGUUCAAAUCUGGUAGCUCUUCCUGAAGGCUUAUCAGUUCACCUGCAACUCAUAGAUAUCAGAGGGUGUUCCGAAUUGAGUAAAAAGUUUGAUAGUGAGGACGAAUGGAGGUUGGUCUCUCACAUCCCUGAAAUCAUCCUUGACGGACAAUGUAUCCAAAAAAAUUGUAAAUCCAGUGUUGAGAUAGAAGCUGCUUUCCGAGCUUCAUCUUCAAGAAAUGAAGCUCCAGAAGCAUUGAAGUUACCUCGGAUUAUCCCCUUCUUUAAUUUGAAAUUGCAAACUUUCGGAAUGGUUGAAGACAUUAAAGAGAAGAGCAUUGAAGUGGAAAGGAGACUGCUAGAGCAAGAGCCUCAAUUUGGAACUUCCAUCAAAUCCCAAGUCCGAGAUCUAUUUGCAAGAAUGAAAAACUCAAUUCUUGCAAAAGAUUAUGAAGAUCAGCUUAUAAUAAAGUCAUCUGAAACAGAAGAUUCUAUGAACUUGCCUCCAACUCAAUCCACAAAUCAUGAUCAAGUAGAAGCAAAGCUCCUUUGCUCUCUCUUCCCAAAGGAUCACGAAUUCGAGAGAGAGACGCUAAUUCAGUUAUGGAUGGCAGGAGGUUAUCUAAACAAUGAACCUUUGGAAGAUCAAGGAGACCAACUCUUUAACAUGCUCUUAUCAGAAAGAUGCAUCUUAGAAUCACGAAUCGACACUUUGACGCAGAAAACAAAGUACAAAUCUAAUGUUGGUGACAUUUCAACCAUUGUCUCUGAAUCCUACACAAAGGUGAGGGACAAAAGGCAAAUGUUUGAUCAUAUAUCCAAGAAUUCCUUGCAUAUGGCUCUGAUGUGUGAUGAUAUUGGCGAAAAAGAUUUUGAAGAGCUAAAGAAAUUCAAUGAGUUACGUACGCUCUUAUUUCUACGCAACUAUGGCUCUCAUAUCAAGCAAAUUCCUUUUGAUUUGUUCCUUUCUCUAAGGUGUCUACAUGCUUUAGAUUUGAGCGGAAUUCACAUAACCGAGUUGCCAAGUUCUAUCGGGAAUGUGAAGAUAUUGCGUUAUCUUGAUCUUUCAAAGACCCUCAUUAGAUCAUUACCUGAAACCAUUGAUCGUCUUCAAAACUUACAAACUUUGAAGCUCAAAGAGUGUGCACAUCUUUUUGAGCUACCUAGAGGUAUAACAAAGUUAACCCUUCUUCGGCACUUGGAAUAUGAUGUUCUUGGCCAGUUAACAGUAAUGCCACGAGGAAUAGGGGGUCUUUCCGCAUUGAGAACUUUAUCAGCCUUCAUCGUCGAUGGCAAAGAAGGUUUUUCUAAUAUCGAAGAACUGAAGUUUUUAAACAACCUUACUGGAAGCUUUUGCAUAUCGGGGUUAGAACACAUAGAAGAUCCAGAGGAUGCCAAGAAAGCUGCCUUGAGCGACAAAAAGCAUCUUACGCAAUUAGAGCUAAGGUGGAGUGACAUAGUCCAAGAUUGGACACAUAAUGAAGCAAAAGUUCUUGCACAUCUUGAGCCAAGUACAGCUUUAGAAGAGUUGCAAAUACUUUGUUUCCCGGGGGUAUCAUUUCCAAGUUGGGUUAGCCAUCCAUCAUAUGAGAAACUUGUUAGCAUUACUUUCUUAAAAUGUAAAAAUUUGAUCCUUCCUCCUUUAGGCAAGCUACCAGAACUCAAGUAUCUCGAAAUUAUUGAGUCAAACAAUGUGGCAAAGAUUGAUCGAGAUUUUUGUGGAGGUACAAUGCAGGUUGCUGCAUUUCCUAAAUUGGAGAAAUUGACAAUUGAUGGCAUGUUUAUAUUGGAAAUAUGGGAGGGAGUUAAUGAUGGUGAUUUCCCACACCUUUCUGAGCUCAGUGUGAAGUUCUGCCCCAACUUGAGUACACUCCCUAUGCUUCCUCAACUGCCUCCUCUCAAAUAUUUGGAAUUAAGCAAUUGUACAUCACUUAAAUCGUUGCCGGAUGGAAGAUGUCUAAUAUCAUUGGAGACUCUAUUGAUUGAGGAUUGCCCUCUGAUUGAAAAAAUGUGUUCAAAGGAAGGUGAUUAUUGGCACAAGAUAAAACAUGUGCUGGAUAUAUGGGUUGAUGGUUUACAGGAGUGUGUGACAUUGAAUGAAGAUGAUAAUAUUGGGACAACAGAAAAAGUUGCUGAAGAUAAGAAGAAGUUGGAUAAGGACGUAUGAAAAAGGCUCAAAGAUGUUUUGUAAGAUCGUCGUGUUCUUCUGCAAUGAAGCUAGUUUUGAGUGAGGCCAGGGAAGUAUUAGAGUCAUAGUAAGUAUAUUAUAUUAGAGUCCUAAACUAAUAAGAAAACUAUACUCGUUUUCUUAUUAGUCUCGGACUCUAAUAUAAUAUACUUACCAUGACUAUACUAAGAAGAGUACAUGGGCAGCUGCGGCCUGCUGUGCUUCCAACAAAGUUACAAAGAUAGUGCUCCUCGACUUUCUUUCGCUUUGUAGUAUUCUGUGUGCCAUGCAAUUUUAGGUCCCAAAAUGAUGAUCACCAUCUGUUCUUUGUUGAACUUAGACUAAUUAAUCAUAUUGGUGUAAAAUUUGCACCUUCUUGUCAUUUUGGUAUAAGAAAAAAAAUGUAAACCUAUUUUUUCGCUGGAAUUUAUGAAAUCAUACACACUGUUCACUAUUGUAUCA